GAUGAGAGUGACUUUCUUGGCAGUAUUCGUGACAUAUUCAUGCGCCUUUAAGUUGCAGAAUCCUUUUUCCAACGAUGCUGCAAUUGACACCUUUAAGCAAGGAAUUGAGAUUGACGACUUUUUGAGUGCUGCAGGCAUUUCAACUAUCCAAGAUAAGACACAUGUCCACCACUUGAUGGAUGCCUGGAAAGAUAUUUUGAAGGACCUUGGACCAGAUGCAUUACGGAGGAAGAUUGACCAGUAUACACGUGGCUUUAUCGUUGAAACCCCCGCUGGUGACACAUCAUUUAAGCUAAAUGAAGAAAUCGCCACUGAUUACGAAGCCGUUAAUCAUCCGAAAUUUUCUAGUUAUCAACUCAGAGUCAAGGAAAGUAACCCUGAAGCUCUCAAGUUGGAUCUGGUCCGCCAAUUCACAGGAUACUUAGAUCUUUUGGAUGCUGACAGACAUUUUUUCUAUUGGUUCUUUGAAUCGAGAAAUGACCCAAAGACUGACCCAAUCAUUUUGUGGUUGAAUGGUGGGCCUGGUUGUGCAUCUUCGACGGGAAUAUUUUUCGAAUUGGGCCCUUCGUCCAUCUCUGCGGAUACAGAGCCAGUUUUCAAUCCACAUUCAUGGAAUUCCAAUGCUUCUGUGAUAUUUUUAGACCAACCUGCUGGUGCGGGCUACUCCUACGUUGGCGAAACUGGUACUAGAGUGGGGACUUCCACUGCUGCUGCUAAGGACAUUUAUGCAUUUUUAGAAUUGUUCUUCGCCAAGUUCCCACACUUUAGAAACAACAAAUUCCAUAUUGCCGGUGAGUCAUAUAGUGGCCAUUAUAUCCCGGCUGCUGGUCACGAAAUAAUCACACACAAGGACAGAACGUUUAACUUGAGUUCAAUUUUGAUAGGUAAUGGUAUUGUUGACCCACUUGUCCAAGCGGGGUCGUUCAAACCUAUGGCAUGUGGCGAAGGUGGCUACAAACAAGUACUCACAGAUGAAGAAUGUGCCAAUUUGGACGUAUUGUACGAUAAGUAUGUGCCAAUGGCUGAAGCGUGCUACAAAUCGAUGACUCCGUUUGCAUGCGUACCAGCAGCAUUGUAUUACGGAAAGAUAAAGCAGCCUUUUUAUGACACCGGUCUCAACAAAUAUGAUAUCCGGACGUCAUGUGAAGGCAAGAGUGACUUGUGCUAUCCAGAAAUCGCUCACAUAGACGCAUAUCUAGACUCAGAUUGGGUCAAGGAAGUAUUGGAUAUAGACCCUGCUGUUGAAAUGUACGAAACUUGCAGUGAUGAAGCUGAAGAGCCAUUCAAUCUAUCAGGAGACACGCAAAGGCCAUCUCACCAAUACGUAGCUGAAUUACUUGAACAUAAUGUACCAGUUCUUCUCUACUCAGGUGACAAGGACUACACUUGCAAUUGGUUAGGAGGACACAUGUGGUCCGAUAAAUUAGAUUACAGUGGACAAUACGAAUUCCAAAGAGCUACAUUCAAACCAUUUAUGACUAGUAAGAACGCUCAGGCAGGAGAAGUAAAAAAUUAUGAUAUUUUUACUUUCUUACGUGUCUAUGACGCGGGGCACAUGGUUCCACAUGAUAAGCCAGAGGUGAGUCUAGAUUUUUUGAACAAAUGGUUGUCUGGGGACUACUCCUUGGGCACUAAGAAGACUGUUUAAAAUGAUGGACAAGAAUAAACCCGAUAACAAAGAUUAGAUGCAUCAAAGGUUAUCUGCCAGGUCCUAUUUAGGUAACUGAUUCCAGAUUCAAGUGAAGUUAAUUUUCUUUAUAUUUUACAAAAACUAAAUAAGAUAUAUGACUAUGAUACAGUUAAUACCCCCUAAUAAAUAUAUGCCACCAAAGAUGGGGGAUAUCUCAUUAGUAUUUGGUACUAAAAACUAUGGUGUGGGAAAAUGAAAGUUUUCUGAGCUAAAAUGAAAUUUCAAGAAUAUACACAAGCCCAAUGCGGAAGUCCCUUGCGGUAUACAAGCUGACAAAAAACAAUCAAAGGUUCCGGAAUGCAUUAUCUAUUAUAAUGAUAACCCAUUACGCAUACUGUGUAUUUCAAAGGGCUAGAUACCGUUAAGAAUAAGGUAUAAAAGGAUGUCCAGCUAUCAUCUUUGGAAUUAUGUUUGUAGUAUCAGUAAAC